UGAUUGGUGAGUGACAGAGGCCAGUGACAGAUUACCGCUUAUUAUCCAUUGUUUGUGAGACUUCGUUGAAGUAUUAUUUGCUUAUAAUAAUUUGAUCACUGAACAACACACGAUUGUAUGAACAAGGAUAUAUCGAGAUGGAGCCGCAGGAUACUUAUUAUAACAAGGCCGAAUAUGUUGAAACGGCUUCAGGAAAUAAGGUUAGCAGGCUGACAGUAUUAUGCGGCUCGCAAAACAUUGUAUUGCAUGGAAAAGUGAUAGUACAAUCUGACGCUAUUAUUAGAGGUGAUCUGGCCAAUGUUAGAACUGGUCGUUAUUGUAUAAUUAGUAAGAAUGCUGUCAUCCGACCACCUUUCAAGAAAUUCAGCAGAGGGGUUGCCUUUUUUCCUUUAACAAUGGGAAAUCACGUGUUUGUGGGAGAACGGGCGAUCGUAAAUGCAGCAUUAGUUGGUUCUUAUGUUUACAUAGGGAAAAACGCCAUAAUCGGCAGACGAUCGGUCUUAAAAGAUUGUUGCUACAUCGAAGACGGUGCGGUCGUGCCACCUGAAACUAUCGUGCCGUCUUUCACUCGUUUCGCUGGCAGUCCAGCGACAUAUGUCGAAGAGUUGCCUGAGUGCACGCUGGAUCUCAUGGUAGACUUCACGAAGAACUAUUACGAACAUUUUUUACCGGCGCGAGUUUAAGUGAUACACAUACAGUAGUUUAUAGUCAAAAGGUUUGUUCAUUUCAGCAGUGUAUUAUAUUGAGAGUGAUUUUGUCACUCGUAAAAUAUAAUCAAUUAUUGGAAUGAGAAAUAGAAAGAAAAAAAUUUAGGAAAAACCAAAGCUAUGUAAGAGAGUACAGUUGAAAAGAAUGGAUUUAAGAUCGGCCGCAUAAAUUUUAUAAAUUUGUUAUAUUUUUUCCUUUGGAAAAAAUGUUCAACUCUUCUUGUAAUAUAAAAUAGAGUAUCUUGUAUAUAUUUACGUAUACAUAUAUCGCACUUUUGAAAUCGCUAUGCGGCCGAUUUUGAAUGUGAAUAAUUUUAUUUAUCUGCGAUAAUUCAUUUAUUCUUAACACAUUUAUUCUUACAUUUAAUGCAUCGUUAACGAAAGGAUCUAUUUAUUACACAUUUCGUAUAUAUUUACUUUAUAAAGUAAUUUAUUUCACGAUAUUACAUAGAUUAAAAUCAUUUUCUUUUUAAAUGGAUAUAUAUAUACUAAAGUAAAUACUAUUCAUACUUAAAACCAGAAAUUUUAUAAAUUUUAUA